AAUAGACAAGAGUGAUUGACAGAGAAGAACAAUGGUUGAUUUCAGACGGAUUAAAAUGUCUUUAUUUCUGAUACUGGGGCUCCAGUUUCUGGCAGUAACUGAACAAAACACGCCCCACAUCAUUGUCAGAAGUGGAGAUGAGGUCACCUUGCCUUGUGAAAAUGUGAAGGACAAUCAGCAUGAAUGCAAAAGUACUACAUGGAUCAUCAGUCAUAUAACAGGAACCGCAGCAAUAGAUCUGGUUACACUUGGGCAAAUCAAAGCUAAAUCAGACCGAUUGAGUCUUACAGAAAGCUGCUCUCUGGUUAUAAAGAAGAUCACAGGUGAAGAUGUUGGUCUUUACUUCUGCAAACAGCACGAAUCAGAUUACACCUCUGCAGGUUAUCUGUCUGUUGUCAACAUGACUGAACAUAAGAACGGUGAUACUAAGGUGACGUUAAAAUGCUCCGUGUCGACACGCGGACGGUGCAGAUUCGAAGUGAAGUGGCUGUUUAGGGGUAAAGAUGUGGAUACAGAUAACGAAGAGUUGAAGACAUCACAGUCUCGCUGCUUGGCCAAUCUGACCUUUACGACCUCUCAUUUUAUUUACACAUCAAAGAAUUAUAAGUUACUGACGUGUAACGUGACAGAAAGCAACACUAGAAAAGUGCAGCUGUUUCCCUUCAGUCCUCAGUCCUCGGUAGGAAAAAACAAAACAGAAUCUGGAAAUAUUUCUACGACCACAAAGCAAGAUUGGUGGUGGUUGUACAUCAUGGUGCCUGUGGGUUUAGUAGCGCUGUCAGUAAUCGUUAUUGUUGUUGCAGUCAUCAGAUGGAAGAGAGCUAAAGGGAACAAAACACAGACGGACGGCGAUGUCGUACCAAGCUUAAACCCUGCAGUGACUCAUUCUGGUCCAGAAACCACUCAGGACAUGGAUGAUCCUGAAGAUGGUGUUUCCUACGCCUCCAUCAGCUACAUCAAGACGACCAACAGUGAAGCCCAGGUUCACUGUGGUGGUGAUGCAGUGACCUACAGCACUGUGAAAGCUUCCCAGUCUUCUGCUGGAGCCUCGGCUGAUCCCAGCAACCUCUACGCUACCAUCAACUAACCAACCACAUGACAGACCACAGACCACUUCAUAUCAUUACAUUUGUUUUACAUUGAGUGUUCACUGGUUAAAGCUUUCUGGUGUGGAAACAAAGUCAGUUUUUACUCCCUUAGUGAGUUUGGACUGAACUUAACCAGAAUUCACCCAUUUUAUUAAGCUGUGUUAGUAGUAAUGAAGUGAUUCCUGUAAGAAAUUUCUCUAUGCAGUCCAAAUCUUGAUGAUUAUUUAUUUAUUAUUUUAUCCUCAUGCUCUAACUCAGUUAGCAUGCAGCAUUGCACUGCUUUUGAUGCAGCUACACAAAUGCAUCCAGGUGUUUUUUGUCAUUUUAAGUGUUGUAAUGUAACAGUGUUAUAGUGUUGUUAACUUUACCAAGUGAUCACCCUUUUUCCUCACUAUAUUGCUGUAAAAAGCUUUUUGUCCAGAAGGGGGAGUUAUACGUUAAUAAAUAACACAAUGUAAAAGCAAUUCAACAUCCAUAUGGCUGAAUGCCAUACAAUUACGCCAUAUAUUGCUUAAUAGACUUGCUGCCAGUCACAUUAUUGUCCUGUGAUGGAUGUACUUGUGCUGGGUGGUAGUUUGAGGAUUGAGAGUGUUUAUUUAUAGCUAUUUUAAUUCAUUUUAGAUGUUUUUUCAACCUGUAGUCGUUUUAUAUGCAUUCGUGCAUCAUUUUAAUAUUCCUUCCUCCUGUAAUAUCAUAUC